UCUUGCCCUGGGCAGUCGAUCGAGCAACGGAGUUCCGAAAAGCUUUGAUAACGCGAACGCCGAAAGCACAGCAGCCCCUGGGAGGAAAAUGUUCACGUGCUUAGAAGGCCUUGGAAUCGCGGCUUCGUCGCGCAGUCAGAGUGUGAUGACCGUUCAACCGCCGCAUCUAUAAACAUGACAUAAAUCUUUCGGCGAAGAAUUUCGCCAUCGAAUUUACUUGUGGCAUUGAACACCGCUAAAAGUGUUUCGUUUCGUAAUUGUCUAAUUUUCUUUCCUUUUUUGAUCUUCAUUUUACACGACUGGUUUUUUUAAAUUCGUACUGGUUCUCAACGUCUUCCGGUAUAUCCUAUGAUAUAUUUUUCACGGCUGCGGGAGCCUCUGUGAAUUUUCGCAUUCACAUGGUCACGUGUCCGUCGUGGUAUCCAAGAUCCCGGUCCUGCUGGAGGUGCGUGGAGGACCCUGUUACUUGGAGGCUUUGAAGGAGUCGCUCCCCCGAGUUUGCAGAGAUGAUCACCGAGGAGCCGAAUGUACGCCGCUAGGUGACAGCAUACACCCAUAUACGUAUAUAUAUAUAUAUAUAUAUAUAUAUAUAUAUACAAUCGAAUCGACUAAAUCCGGCACGGCAGUCAUGCAGCUCGACGCUGCGGUGAAAUCUUUGGUAGCGAUUUGCAAAAGUGAUUGGUAAUAUCAAGAGAUUCAAUACCAUGAUCUAGCGGCUGAUCAUGUUGGUCAACGAUUACGGAGAAGCGAUCGCUGCUGGUGGAUGGUCGACUCCUGCGGGCUGUUGCAGAGCUCCAAGUGGCACCAAUUUUGGGGGCAGCGUACCUUCGCUGCAUCCAACCGGAUCCCUGCGCUCCCUUCGAUCCCAUCACUCUGUUCAGGGACCCGUCGAGACGCCACGUCGAUGUUUACACUGCCAUCCCGUCAACAACCCAAUUCAUGCCAGUUAUCUGCAGCAUCAGCAACAACUGUUGCUGCAACAACACCACCGACAGCACCAGCAGCACCAGCAACAAACGCAUCAGCAUCCCCAGUAUUACACGCCGAAUCACCACGACGAACAGAACGGCACUCAUGUUCCGCAAAGGAAUGGUUCCUAUCACUACAGAAACGACAGAGGCGUGGAUUACAGAGGUGACAGGGAUCCUCGACUUCGCUCCGCUGACGUGGAGGAAAGCAUAGCAGGGCACACCAACUGGGGUCUCGAUGAUCUCCGCAGUCUCCACCGCUGCGUCCCGGCGCUUCGACGACCAGGGAUCGACGUCGCGGGGAUGAGGGCGCAUUUUUAUCCCGAGGGAGGAUGGGGCUGGCUCGUCUGCGCCGCUGGUUUCCUCGCCCUCCUGCUCACCACCGGAAUGCAACUCGCUUUCGGUCUACUUCACCUCUACGCCGCUCGUCAUCUCGGCGAAAAUCACCUCAUGGAUAUCGCCUGGGUUGGAGCCCUCAGCGCCGCCGUGUCUAGGGGUUCGGCGCCCCUCGUCGUCGGCGCCUGUCGUCGAGGUAGCACGCGCCUCACGGCCGUCAUCGGAGGUCUCGUUCUGGCCCUCGCGUCGCUCUUCACUUCUUUCGCUGUUCAGAUGCACCAGGUUCUCCUGAGUUACGGACUCGUCCUUGGCGCUGGUGCUGGUCUGGUGAAGGAAACGGCCGGCCUCGUCCUGGGACACUACUUCCGAAAACGGAGGGAAUUCGUCGAGAUGGUCGUGCAGGCCGGAACCGGGGUCGGAAUUGCCCUCUUCAGUGUUUUCUACAGGGAGGCCGUUGGGAAAUUAGGCUGGAGAUUGGGCCUUCAGUCUGUCACUGGGGCCCUCUCCCUCGCCUUUUUCUUGGGCCUCGUCUACAGGAGCGCCUCUCUCUAUCAUCCUCAGCGCCGGGCGAUUCUCCACCUGAAGAACCAGCAGAGCAAGGUCAAAGAGCGGAAGCCCGCUCUAAGAACGCCCCGGCAACCCUUGGUCGACCUAAGUCCACUGGGGAGUCGACCUGUCCGGAUGUUGAUGCUCGCCGCAGGAGCUGCCGGUUUCGGCCUCUACUCGCCUGCAUUUUACAUCGCUCUCCAAGGAUACCAGGACGGCCUGGAAGCCAGCGCUCUGGUCCUGCUUCAGACGUGUCUGGGUCUUGCUGCUGCGCUUGGCUGUGCAGGAUGGGGAGUGAUCACGGCCAGACCAUCGGCCCAGUGUCUCGUUUCGAGGCAAUACUUGUGCCAAGCCGCGCUCAUCGGUGUCGCUGUGGCACAGGUGGCACUUGGCAGCGUUCAGGGCUACCAUGGACUCGUUCUUGCUUCCGGACUGUACGGAGCUUCGCUCGGUGGCGUUCUCUACUCCCUGAAAAUGCUGGCCCUCGAACGACUCAGGGCGAGACACUUCUCCAGGGCUUGGGCCCUGGUUCAGGCCGCCGAAGCCUUGCCUAUUCUUCUAGGAGUUCCUCUGACAGGUUACAUGAACGCGAGCAGCCCGCGGGUCGGCUACUACGCGUGUACCCUGAGUUCGCUGUCGGGGGCGGCGUUGCUGUUUUUAGUGGGCUGGGGGCGACACCCGUCUUCGCCAGCUUUGGGACCCCCACCCCCGCCCUGCGCCUGCCCGCCGCCCCCGAGGCCCCGUCUCCCAAAAUCGCAGAGUUUGCACGUGCCGCUGGCCAUCGACGUGGAUGACGACGCGAUUCCGCAACCGAUGGAGCUGCCGGGGUACUUCCACCCCCAUUUUCACGGCACCCUCAGACCGAGCAAAAGCUACCCCGAGGGCCUGAGCUACCCGGAGUUUUACCGGACACGUCCCAGGGCUCAUCGCGACGUCACCGUCAUCGAACAAAUUACGACGAGCGUCUGAAGCCCCUCGCCGAGUCUUAUACUUAAUUAGUCUCUAUUAAGCGCCGGUCCGCCGUUUACGCCCGUUGGAUGGGAAAUUAACCAAGGCUGGGAGAGUGUGCUUCCCGCGGGGUGUGUUAAGCAAUUCACGUCCGCCCGGACUUCCGGCAUUUCAUUUCACUAAUCACGAUCAAUGACCAGGAUUCUUCGCGGUUAUUUACCUCAAACACCCUUGCUCAUGGAUAAUUUAUGAUUGUUUAUUAAUCGUCGGAUUGAAUGUCAGAACACGUCGAAGGGAAACUUCGGUCGUCUAGGCAUGUCCUAACCCUCGACGGCUACUUCGUAACGGGGUAAAAUUACGUGCAAGAAGUUGUACCAUCCGUGGGACGAUUAAGGGUUGGAAUUAUAGCCGGUGGGUUAAUUCGUCCAACACCGUAAAGACGCCCCUUGUUAGUCGAGAGUGACGUAACGCGCAGAAUCGUUUUACGGUCCGUGCAAUAUUAAUGGUUAGUCAUUUUACUCACGACUUCCCCUUGUACCGCGUUCUAAGAACAGCUGCUACAUUUUAUUCAGUUUUCUUAAUUUCUUUGUCUUUCCUUUUCCCAUUUAUAUAAACUAUUUCGUAGCCGGUAAAAGCGUCGCUGUGUACGCAUGCAGAUUGUACGUGUAUAAUACCAAUCUCGGACGUAGAUUAUACCUGCAUCACUUGACAUGAAUCAUUUUUUACACUUUUUAACCAUGGCAGAACAAGGCGUGAUGAAAAAUCCCCGUUGUUCGUAUAUAUAUGACGUGAAAAGUAAUUAAUAAUUGAAUCAUAUUACCGGUAGUAUUUAUGUAUGUGAGGCAUAUUCUUAUGUGCCGAAGAUGCUCACGUAUAUAAAUAAAUUAUACGCAUAUGAAUUUUAAAUUGAUAAUCCUUUAUUUAUCUACGAGAAUAUGGGAACAAUUUUAAGCGGCCUGCCCCAAACGCGAAAAGUUUAUCCGGUGUAGUUACUAUACAUACACAUGUACGUUACGUGUUUGUAAUUUGACUGCUUAACAGGUGAGAUUUUACGAUUCUACCGAAACUGGCAAGAUUCGUUGAUAUAAUCGUAGACAUCGUGGAGCGAGAUUAGGAAAGAAGAAGCUAAGAAUGAGCUUCUUUGUCUUUAGAGAUUUACAAAUCGAAUCAGCACCAUGUAUAUGUAGGGGCGUGUAAUGAAACAUAUAAUUUUAAGAAUUCAUUUAAUCAAACUGAUCAAUUAGUCGCGAUUAUUUAUCUCGCGAUGUAUAACCUGUACAUGUUUCAGUCUGCAUUUUGAAUCCAAAUAUAGGUGCAUCAAAAUAAGAUUAAUGAAGAACAUUUCCGCGAGAGUCAAUAAAACUCAUCACUCAUAUUUUGAAUUCUUUGCCUAAUACUAAUGAGCCGCAAUUCUUACGUAGACUGAUACGUAUACGGAUGCAUUCGGAGAUUGAUAAUCUGGAACAAUAAGUAAAUAGGUACGUGCGAAACAAUCCGAAAGGGAGCCUACCUGCUAAUUGCGUGAAUCUCUCGACGAAUAUCGAAUUGAUUACCGUAAUUUGAGGAAUAGUGAACGGGAUAUCUUGAUUUACUUUUAUAUCUACGAUUACUAGUUGAACGAAUGAAAAAUAAAAUUGUGUAAAUUCUUUUUCUCUUACAAGUAAAACAGAAGAAGGUAUAACGGUGAUCAAAUAUCUGCGAAUAUAUUACAGGUAUAAAUUUUUUCAACGAAAAUUGUGAUUCCGCAGUCCUGGCGACUAAUAUAAUCGGCAGGUUGGUUCCAUCUUUCUAUAAAAAAAAAUAUACAGUAUUUGUGUAAUUUUUUUAAACUCGAAAAUAUAAACGAACGUUUAAUUAUAUAUGCGGUAGAAGAGAUAGAUAGAAAGUUUCGGAGCUGGUCUCCACGGGGGGUUUAAUAUAUAGUAUAAUUUAAUACAAUUACUAGGUAUGGACUAUACAUACAAAGAGGAUAAAAAAAAAUUACAUGUAAAGUUAUUGUAUUGUCAAUAUAGACUAAUUAACGGUAUUCCCGCGCAUACGUUUGUAUUAUACGUAUAUGAGUAUGAUAUACAAGUGAUGAUGUAUUAAAAAUUUUCUCGCCCGUUGUUCAAAGUAUGAAUUUUGGGUUUGUGCUGUGAAAUUGAAUGUAUACUCCAUUCCCAGGCCUGGCUCAUUGUCAAUUUAACGAAUACGUUAAAAUUCAUGGGGAGAACCCUGCUCGCCAUGUUGGCCUUGCUCGCAAUUAAACCUUGAGAAUGCAAUAGGCAGCUCCUUUUUAUCCAGCGAUCGUGAUUCGAAUAUCACUCGGAUACCGAGAUCACUGCCAACUGUAUAACUUUUGGUGUAAAACGGAUGAGAGGUUUGAAGUAUGUGAUGCCACUCGCCUAUGUUCCGUUAUUGUUCCUUUUGACGAAACACGCAAGUGUGAAUGCUGCUACCUACCUACCUGCAGACUAGGUACGACGUAUCGUUGUGAAAAAAAAAUCCAAUUACUAUCUGUAUCGAAAAAUAGUCAAGCGAAACUUGGAAAUUUCUAGAAUUAAGAGAUUUUUUUAAAUCCUAUCACAUUCACUACUUCGAGUUCUAUACGAUACUCAAUUUUCGUUUUCACGUUGUCUUGAUCUUGACGUUCUUAGCCCAGCUUCGACUUCUUGCUUAUUGACAAUCAUCACCACAUCUUAGGCGAACAGUCAUUGUCUCGUCAAGUUUCCACCGACUCUGAUUACGAGUUGAAUUUUUCACCUGUCAACGUUGUAUUGGCUUUAAUUAGUCAAAUGAUAGUCGAAUUUUCGUCAAGUGUGAUGCCUAGGACAGAAAUACACAUGUAUUGAUAAUUAUCAUCCGUAUAAAAUGCACUCAUCAAUCCAGAUGUAGCUCGCAAGAGCUGCGAUAGUUUUGCGACUAGACUUCCGAGCGGUUAACGUUGCAAGUCAAUUGUACCUCUCACGAUGAUUUACGGAAGUCAAGUGUCGACUAAUCUCAGUACCAUAAUAUCCUUCCUGCAACCGCCGUUACGAGUAGGUGAACAAAUUAAACGUGUAAUAUUGUUACGCAUAGAUACAGGUUACAUGCGUUAGCUGAUGAACCGCAGGGACAAAUUUUUUGUAAGUCCCUGAACGAUCGGUCAGCUUGUAGAGUUUAUUUGAUUUCCAGUGCGAGCAAUGCUGGAUAAUAAUUUCAUACAACGUAUAAUUAUUUCUAGAACAACUCCCAGUCAAGUUGAAUGAAUUUUUUUUAAAUAAAAACUGAGUUUCUUUUCUUCUUCACCCGAUCUGUGCAUACAGAGGAUAAUGCUCGAAUAUCGUUGUAAUACGGAGUAACUGCAGCUUUUCAACGACUUUUCGUGCCCGAGCCUUUAUUUAAACCUCUUUGCUACGCAUAUUCGAGCCGUGUAUUCUUUAAGUAAGAGAAUCGUCGGCCAUACGGACAUUAAUCACUGUAAAUACAUAUUACUGUCGAUUGUUUGAGCCGAGAGGAAGCAAUGAAUUAAUAAAACAACAUUCCUCCAGACAACGUCUGUCACCAUUAAAUAUGUUUCUUCAGCUUUAUAAUGACAGCUGCUAAUUGCAGCACGUGGGCAAAUGCAGGCUAUAUGAUCAAGCGACUCGUACAUACGUCAAUUGUAAGCACAUGUCGCUCUGCGAUUAAUGUAUUCAGGUGGGUAAGACUAUCGGAUCGUAUUACGCUUCUUGUGCAAUAUAACGAAUUACUCCGUGAAACAUUGUCUGGCUAUCGUCGUGAUCGAAAAACCGAUUCGAACCUGAUGAUUUUGGAUACCUCGAAGGUUAGCGCGUG